UUAUGACGUCACUUGUACGCGACAGAGAGACAGCCACCUAGCUACGCAGUUGUUUGCUUUAUCGGAUUUGUUGGAAUUUUCCACUACGGAGUUUGUUUACAAUAUAGUUUAGAGUACCGUGUAGACUGGCGGAUAAUAUAUCAAAACAAAACCAUAACGGAGGAUUUCGAGAUAUAUUUGCGAUCUCUCCGAGGCUACGUGUCGCAGUUCAUCCGUUUUUUUGUUUUGGACUUUGAGGAGCGGAUGGGGUUAACUAGCUGUUAGCAUCGUUCGGUUAGAUAAGCUACUGGAGCCCGGAGCGGGGUUAGCCUUUAGUAGUUGAGAUGGAGUUUCUUGGAGGACCAGGUGCUGUGGUGGUGAGCGGUGGUAACGUCCCGGCCUUUCUUACUAAACUGUGGACCCUUGUGGAAGACCCGGAGACAGACCCUCUUAUCUGCUGGAGCCCGAGUGGAACCAGCUUCCAUGUUUUCGAUCAAUGUCGGUUCUCUAAGGAGGUUCUACCAAAGUUCUUCAAACACAACAACAUGGCCAGCUUCAUUCGACAGCUCAACAUGUAUGGUUUCCGUAAGGUGGUGCACAUCGAGCAGGGCGGCUUGGUGAAACCAGAGAAAGAUGACACAGAGUUCCAACAUCCAUUUUUUGUCAAAGGGCAAGAGCACCUGCUGGAGCACAUCAAACGAAAAGUCACCAAUGUGUCAUCAGUCCGUCAAGAAGAAAUGAAGAUCUCGACAGAUGAAGUCAACAAAAUCCUGAGCGACGUUCAGCUGAUGAAGGGAAAACAGGAAACCAUCGACUCCAGGAUCAUCGCCAUGAAACAUGAGAAUGAGGCUUUAUGGAGGGAGGUGGCCAGUCUGAGACAGAAACAUGCGCAGCAGCAGAAAGUUGUCAACAAGCUGAUCCAUUUUCUGGUGUCUCUUGUCCAGACCAACAGAAUCAUAGGAGUCAAGAGGAAGAUACCUCUGAUGCUCAAUGACUCUAGCUCCGCCCACUCUAUGCCGAAGUACAGCCGACCCCUGACGCUGGAGCACAUUCAGAACGCAGCCGCCAAUCUCCUCUCACCGGAUUCUGGACCGAUCAUCUCGGACAUCACAGAGGAGGCGCCGUCCUCCCCAGAGGACGCAGCCACCGACUGGACCGACCUGGGAGAGAACCACUCGACUUUUAUCAAAGAGGAGCCGUCCAGUCCCGAGGUGGAGGAGUGUCCUGUUCUGGAGGUGGAGCAGGAUUCACUCCCAGCAAACGUUGACACGCCUCUGUCCCCCACCACCUUCAUCAACUCUAUCCUUCAGGAGGAAACGCCGCUGCCGCAGGUCACCUCCUCCCCCUCCACCACCACCACCACAGCUACCACCACCACAGCUACCACCACCAAAACCCCAGCAGCCUCGCCUGUUGUUGUGAUGAGCCCCGCCUCCGCCGGGCCCGUUCAGUCGGCUCCCACCGUCAAAUCUCCGGCCCCCGUUUCCAGCUCGAACUCCACCUCAGCCCCAAGCCCCGCCAAACCUAAACAGAAAUGUCAGACCAUCGCCCGUCUCGACAGGUUCCUCCCCCCACCGCCUGCAGGUGGACACACACCUGAUGUUUGGCGCGUCCUAUCGAAACAUCCUGAAAAGUGCGAACUCUCCGAUCACGUCGACAGUAUUGACAACGGUUUGGAAAACCUGCAGAGUAUUUUGAACGCUCAAACCUUCACCUUUGACCCGUCUCCCCUCAUGGAGUUCUUCAGCUCAUCCAUUUCCUCUGGAGACUUCGACAUUGAAAGUUUGGAUAAUCUGCUGUCUGACGAAGCCCCUAGAGAAAGUGAAGAGAGAACAGGGAAGCAGCUGGUGCAGUACACCGCCACGCCUCUCCACCUGACUGAGCCGGUGGUCCUGGGGGAGGGCGACACCGACCUCCCGUCCCUCCUGGAGUACGAGACGGAGCCGCUGUUCAGCUCGGAGGCGGCCGGCGACGACCCGCCCGACGUCCUGCUGAGCCCCUCCCAACUGGACUCUAACCUCUAAUAUCCUGAAGAAUGUAAUGACUCCUCAGUAACAACACGACACUGGGCAGCAGCAGCAGCAAUAGACCACGACGACGACGAAGAAAUCGAUGGGUUGUAGAUCAAUCAUUAGGUCAAAUGUCAUGUUUUUAUCAGGCAGAUGUUAUUAAUCGAUAUUAAUCCAUUUCUAUACUUUAGGAUUUUUAUUUUAGGUUUUAUUUUUGUGUUUGCCACCUAAAUUGAAACCUUUCUUUGUUGCUUGUUGUUAAAAAAAAAAACUUAAAAAAAGAUGAAAAGUUUAAAACAAACAAACAAACCGGGGUCACAUGCGCCUGCUGGUGCAUUCAGGGACAGAUCUGGAGGCGGUCGCUCAGCGCCUAACGUCGGGAUCAUGUGACCCCGGUGAGCGCCGCGUUGCAUGUUUAAGUCACAUUUGAUGGCUGUAUUUGUUUUCACGUGUAUAAUUUAAACAUAAAGAAGAGGAUGGGAAUAUUUUUGGAAGAGUUUAUUGCAGAGUGUUUAUCCUCCUCCUGUUGUUUCAUCAGACAGGAACGCUUCGAUCCAGACCUUUGCUGAGGUUUCCUGCGUGUUUUCUAACGCCGGACCCGAUCAGGCAUGGGCCGCUCCGACACAUCUGACGGUGUGUGAACAAUGCUGUGGUGUCACUGUAUGUACGCAAACCUGUACGACAUGAUGAGCCUGCAAAUAUCCCUACUGCUACUAAAAUUGCUGUUAUGUUAUCAGCAAAACUUAUUGAUUAUUUUAGAUUUUUAUACUUAGAUUUAAGCAGAGAUGUAGAAUAAAACACCUGGUUGUUUUAGUGAUUUCUGAAAUGCUUGUGCUGAAUAUUGUAGCUUCUGUCGGCGUUUUUGCCAGUGGAAAGUGGAAAGGACGCAGGAGUUUAAAGUUUUAAUAGCUGGCCAGGACAGCGCAGCAAUAAGUCAGAGAAAAUUCUGGUCUCUUUGGUGUUUUCUGAGCUUUUAGGAAGGAACAAAAUGACGGAAAAUCUCAACGGUUUUUGGAUCUGCGGCUUUUUAAAAAAUCUUGGUGGACUCUGAUUCCGGUAGCCGGCCCAUGCCUACUCCUGACAGAGCUGGAGCUUCGACAGAAACUUAAAGUAUCUCCAAAAUAAAAAGAUGAAUGCUGGAGAGUCUUGACUGGACCACUUGCUCACAGAAGACAAGCUAGGUUAAAUCACUGUUUGCUUUUCGAGAAGGUUUCUCUGUCUGGUCUAAAACGCCUUAGUUUGUCCGCAGCUCCAUCAGUUUUCUACAUUUUGGAUCCAUUUUCCUCAAAAUGAGUUUAGAGUGGGGGCAUUUCUGUGUAACGGUACUUUUGUUGGGUCCAGUGAUGCCAGAACCAGAUCAGAUUUAUGGCAAAAACUUACUUCAGGACAUCAGGUGUCGCGUUUCAGUUUUAAUGAAACAUAUCCGAGAUUGUUUUUUCUCGCAGUCUCAAGCGUGGAUUCACCUUUUAUACUCACUCUUGUUUUAUUUGAAUAAACUUCCAACUUCAGCUGCGGAAGGUUAUCAGAGCUCAAAGUGAAGUUACUUUAUUUAAAAUGUAAAAAUGUAUAAGGAAAGCUUGGCUGGGUUUGUGCAGGUUUAAUAUAUUACAAUAGCAAAGAUGCGUGUUUGAAACAAGGGCUGCACAUUAAGAAAACAUGAUUGCAACUUCAUUGCAGAAUAUAAGCCACAUUUUCCUCACUCUUAACUUCUCCAUCAACACUCCGCCGUCUUUCUGGAGGUUUUGCCUCAAAACUCUUGUCAGGUGUGGCAAUGCUACAACUGAACAAAUGCAAAUCUUAACUUAUUGAAAAGUUAGUUCACUUCAUAAGGAUAAACUCAUGAGUGUCCUUUACACACACACAGAUAUAUUUCCAGUGGCCAACAUCUAACGGAAAACAAAAUUCAGGUUCUCAAAUAUUAAAUUACACUUUUAAAAAAAAAAGGACAUUUAAUUCUGAAAUUCAAAC